AUGGCAUAUCAAGACACACAUUCUCAGACGAAAAAAGUUAUUUUUCAUGUUUAUAAUUAUUUCAAAACAUUGGCUGGUGACAAAGGUAACCCAAAAAUUAGUAAUUUUUUUCGUCAAACUCGUGAAAUGACUGCUGAAGCGUGUGGCGUAAGUGUUGCUUGUGUUAAACGAGUUUGCGCUGAAGGGAAAAAAUUAUUUGUGAGUGAAAAUCAACUAACUGCCGAACCAUCUUUGUUUAAGUCUUCGAAGAAAAGUUAUAAACGUGCCAAACCUAUGACCAACUUAGACGAUUUUGACAAUGACGUUGUCAGAAGAACAGUUCAUAGUUUUUAUGAUAAUGGUCAGUAUCCAACUAGUGAAAAAAUAUUGGAAGCGUUGCAUGAAAAAAUUAAUUAUUCAGGUUCACAAUGGUCUGUGCGACAUAUUUUGCGUAAUUUAAAUUUCAAAUACAAAAAAUAUAAUGAUGGGCGUAAAUUUUUAAUGGAAAUAUAUGAUAUUGUUUGUUCUCGGGUUAAAAUGUUGAAAAAAAAUGAACGAGUUUAGACGUAAUAACGACACAAGUCUUAUAUUCUACUUAGACGAAACAUGGGCAAACCAAAAUCAUACGCAAGGACACAUUUGGCAAAACUCCGACAACACUGAAGAAUUAAAAGUACCCAUUGGAAAUGGCGGUUGGCUCAUUGUGUGUCAUGCUGGGUCAACUUCAUUUGGUUUCGUCAAAAAUUCAAAACUGGUUUUUCGUCUCAAGUCGGGAUCGCAGGCAGACUAUCAUUCUCAAAUGAACGUGACCAUUUUUCAUAAAUGGAUUAUAGACAUGUUGGGCAAUUUAGAAGAACCUUGUAUAAUUGUGACGGACAAUGUCACAUACCAUUCUACCUUAACAGAAAAAUAUCCUAAGGCAAAUACUCAAAAGGCAGAUGUACAAAAAUGGUUACAAGGCAAGUCUGUGGACUUUUCUCCAGUAGAGACUUUAAGCGAACUACGGGAAAAAGUCAAAUUGACGAUGUCAAAAGAAAAAAAAUAUAAAUUGGACGAAAUCGCACUUCAAAUGGGCCACAAAAUGGUAAGACUUCCUCCUUACCACUGCCAAUAUAACCCAAUCAAAUUAAUCUGGGCGCAAGUUAAGGGUAAAGUCGCAGAAAAAAAUAACACCUUUAAAAUGGCAGAUAUAGAAGUGUUAGUAAAUAGUGCUUUAGAUGCAAUAACAGCAGAAAGUUGGGCAAAAUGUGGCUAACACUGCAAUAAAAAUCAAGAAGACGAUUUGGUGAAAGAAGUUUUAAGAGACGAAAUUUUGGCGCCUAUUACAAUCACAAUUAAUUCCGACGACAGUUCUACUGACGAAGACGAUGAUGAAGA